AUGAAUCAACUGAUGAGACAGCAACCAGUCAAUAACACUGAUAUGCCGUACAUGAAUUACCAGCCACUGAGUGUACCCAAACGCUCCAGACAAACCCAGCCGAACGUCCGAUACCAAACUCCUCCACACAGCUUUGAAGCUGAUCAUCCAUCUAGCGAGGCAGUUGAACACAACAAACCCUACUUACAAGGACCUGAAGAUGGCCAAGAUGUUCAUGAAGAGUCCGGCUUUAGAAAUGACAAGUGUCCUAGCAAUUGUAAUCAUCUAGACAACGAGUGCCCUAACGAUCUAGAUGAACAUGUUGAUGAUCUUUCAGAACAAGAACAGGCCUCCGAGACAGUGUCUGACAACUGUGAUCCUGAAGUCCUACCUGAGGUUGUGCCACAAUCCAACAAUCCUUGGGUCCCUGAACCGGCUUUUAGCAUGGACAACUACAGUGCAAGAGAUGUUGAUUGCUGGGCUAGGACUCUGUCGGCCGAUCAAUUUGAACAACUAUGA